AUGAGUUCUCAGCUGCAAAAGGUCAAGGAACGCUUGUCAAAAUACAAAGAAGACAUAGACGUCGCUGAAGAGAGGGAACUCAAAGCAAAAGCUGAUCUCAUUGAGGUAGAUGCGCGCUGUGAAACAACCAGGAAUGAAGUGGAGGGGUUGAAAAGACGGUUGGUGCUGAUCCAGAAAGAUUUGGACAAGGUAAACGAACGCUUGGAGUCCGCGCAGUCGAAAUUGAACCAUGCAGAAGGAAGAUUUGGUGAUGAUGACGGAGUGAGACAAGAAUUUGAAGUCACUGAAAUGGAGCGAGACGAGCAGUUGGCUGUUCUUGAAGAGGUAAUCGGGGUCCGAAAAUAUGGAAUUGUCUUUCUUCAUCAAUAACAGGAAUAAAUAUCACUUCUUCUUUCAAACAAAAAUUGCAAAAAUAUCUGAUUGAAAACAAUUAGUGCAUGUAUAUGUCAAUAGGAGUUUCAUUUAUUAACAACAAAACAAACAAAAAAUUUUUGCCUUAAAAUUUUUGAAAAAAACUUUGUUCUGAGAUCUUUUCACCACUCCCUUUCCUGUCAAUGUAAAUUUACUGAAUGAAGUGGUAAAUAAAUUGAAUUGAUGUUUUUUUCAAUCAAAUCAUGAUUACUAGAUUACAUCGAUAUCGAAGGAACUAGACUCAGUUCCGAAAUAUCACAUACUCGAACCGACCUGACCGCGUAGCUCAGUUGGCAGUGCAUUGGGCUAGUAUUCCAAAGGUCGUAGGUUCGAUUCCCACCGUGGCCAGGCAUAUUUUUCAAGAUUGCCCGGUGUGGACAUACACUCAGAGUAACAUCACAAGCAUGAAAUUGAAUUGAAUUUAAAAAAAAGGUAACAUCGUCGGAUGCGAUUCCAGUCAUUACAUUCAGGGAUGUAACAUACCCCCAAAUGAAUGCGGGUGGGUGGGGGUUAAUCGUUUAAUACACAGAACAGCUAUUGGGUCCAGGAAAUAUUUCUAUUUUUAGGAUAGAUAGAUGGUUUUAUUCACAAUUCACAUUACAGCCCCAAAAAAGGCUGAAUAUCGUAAAUAUUACAAAAAUACAACUUUUGCCUAAAACUGUCGCGUGCAACCUGCUUACAACUUGAGUUGUACUGUGUAAAUCAAGCAUACAACUCACUUAGAACAAGCAGUACAAUUCCAGUUGUAAGCAGGUAAGUAAGUAGUGAUUUAUUCGUAUGAGAUGUAAUUUCAAAUCCUCCAAUUCGGACUGGACUAGAUUUCAAGUCCUCAGGCCUCAUUUGCGGGGCCCGCGGAAAAUCUUCUCUGGGGGUCCCAUGACAUCAUUAUUUUUAAGCUAGACCCAAGUCUGUCACCUAACUAGACCUUAGCUAGACUGCAUGUGGAGUUACUGUAGGGGCCCUCAAUUUUCAAAAAUACUCUGACCAAUUUAAAGAACCUAGUCCAGUCAUAGUCGGAUUUGAAGUAUCACAUGAAAGAUUUAUAAAUUUGACAACUGUAUUCAGUUUUGAUCCACUUCUUUAAUUAGGUUUCUAUAUUUAGCUUUCUUGCGGUUAAUUAAUCAUAAUAUGGAUAAUACUAAUAUUUUUCCACGUCUGUGACAGGAGUGUGAUGCAGCAAAGAAAUUGAGAAACGAAGCGCACAACGUGCUUGUCGACAGCGAACGAAAACUUGCCGUCAUCGAAGAAGAAACGCAGCGCACGGACGAACGUCUUCGCUCGGGCACGGAACACGUGAGCUCGCUUGAAGGUAGAAUCAGUGACGUGGGCGGCGAGAUACGUGUGCUCGAAGAUCGUGACAACGAUGCCGCGGAACGCGAAGAACUCACUGAGGAAAAGUUGAAG